AUGGCUUCUCAUGAUACAGCCCUUCAUCCUACCAUCCAAGAGGAUAAGACAUCUGGGCAAUGCAGGAAAAGUAGAAGCUCAAACAAUUCUGGUAGGCUUAGUAAGAGCUCCAACAACAGUCAAGACAGUAAUGGUAGCAAAAGUUCCAGCCAGUCCGGAAGUGCUCAGUUUAGCUAUUCUAAUGACUUUCGGGAUAAUGCUUCAAGAACAGCUGUCAAUGGCAGUAAGGACAGCAUUUGUUCAGAAGAGAACAGCUGUGGAACUUCUCAGAAGUACUAUCACGAAGACUUUCUCUCAGGUUCCUCUAAAACCUCCCUGAGUGAAGAGAGUGGCAGCUGCACCAUCCCACUGCCCCAGACACCAGAAACUAAAGAGUGGAACUUACCAGAAAAGAAAAAGAAAAAUGAUCCCCAUACAAAAGUUAUAUGUCAUCUUGGGUUUUUUUUUAAUGCAGGAGGCAAAACAUUGCCUAAAAAGAAACCUCCGCAGAAGACCACAUUUAUUACCAACCAUACCUUCAAUGCUCAAGAGAAAAAUAAUAUGGCUUACCGUCUAUUGUCAGCAAGAGACCAUAAAAUUAAAGAACUAAAAAACGAAGCGGCUGUUCUGCAGAAUAAAUUGAAGACCUUUACUACGGAAAAUAAAAUCUUGAAGCGUCUUCAGUCUCGACAUUUAAAAGCAAUCAGUAAAUAUGAAAAUGCCGAGAUUAACCUGCCUGAUCUUUUGGCCACGCGGUCUAGUGAAGUGCAGACUAUGAGAGCACAUCUCAGGACAUCUCAGGAAGAAGAGCGCAGGGCUUCCAAGAAGCUGAGAGACGUUCAGGCACAAUUCUUGAAAACAACGGACUCCUUGCGGGCAUUGCAAAAACUUUCUGGGGACAAGAAACUUGAAGAGAGAGAACAACUUCAGUUUAAAUUAACAUCACUUACUCAAAAAUUGGAAGCUUGUGAUAAGAAAACCCAGGAUUUGGAAAAGCAGCUGUCAUCCAACACUGUUUCCUUUCGUCAUCAAUUAUCAGUUGAGAAAAAAAAGAUCAUUGAAGCUCAGUCAAUCAGGGCAAAUUUACAAGUAGAAGUCAAGUCGCUGAAGCUAAAACUCCAGGAAAAACAACGAGAACUAAGCAUUACAAAUAUUUAUGCACACCGGAUGCAUAAAGGUCAGCCAGAGAAAGGUGAUUCAAGUUCUUCUCCAAAAGUUGUUAAAGUCAACAAAGCAAUUCAAGUAAACAUCAGCCUAAAUGCCAGGAAGCUUCAGAAACCUGAACCUGAAGAAAUGAAAGCCAACAUAGGGGUGGAAGAAUUUUUUAACAUGGCUGAAAAUGUUACACCCGAAACAGAAGUUCAUCUCUGUGAAAAAUUACCAGUGCACAUUUCAAACCAGACAUUCAUGGGAUUACAAAGUGAAGAGACCUGCCCAAGGGUAGAAAAAAAUAUCCACCCUGAAAAUACAGAAAGACAGAAGAACAGGAGAGAAAGGCAAGGGUUGGACCUAUUGAAAGAAGAGUUUGAGAAGUUACAGACAGAGCCAUCAUUUCUUCUUACACCAUGUGUUCAGCCAAAAGAAAACAAUUUGGAAGAUGUUACGGUUGAAAAACAGGAGAACAAAGACGAGGCAAAAGAAGCUGUUUGUCACAAAUUAACAAGGCAUAGAACAACAUCUACCUUUAAGAAACAGUAUGUAUUUUCAGAGGCCAUUCAAAAUUUACAUCAGGGAUAUCCUUCAACAGGUCCUUUAGUCAACCCAAAGAGACCAUCUAGUAGAAGAUCAAGGAAUUGGCAACAGGGUGAAACAGGCGACUUUGUAGAAGAUUCUGUCUCCAGUUAUGAACCCUCAUUUGCCAAAUUUCCCAAGGAAAGACAAAAAGACAACCCUUCAACGCUCAGCGAAGAAAACAGUCCCAAGAUACCGCCAGAAAAGAAAAGACUUCUUUUGGAAAAACUGUUUGGUCCAAAUCGCAUCUUAAAUACAAAAUGAUGGCUUGCAUUGUGUGAUUCCAGUCAAGCUCAGAGAACUUGUACAUAUUAGAUAGUAGAUAGUGGAUAGUAGAUAUUAGCUAGUAUUAGAACUAAGCGAUUUUAGAUAGUAGUAUUAGAACUAGGGCAUAUUAGAUACUAGAUAUAGCACAGUAUUAGAACUAGGGCAUAUUAGAUAGUAUAUAGUGGAUAGUAUUAUAACUAGGCAAUAUUAGACAAUAGAUAUUGUAUUAGAACUAGGAUAUAUUAGGUAGUAGAUAUUAGAUAGUACUGUAUGAGAACUAGGAGAAACUAGUAGUUUCUGUCGUUACUAUUGUAAUAAGCAUCACAAAAAAACCCCUCUAUUUUGUGAACAUUUUGCAGUUUUUAUAAAACAUAAAUGUUAAAGGAAUUUUGAAAAAGGAUAUUGUAUGACUUAUGCUUAUAAAUUUCUACUUCUAAAUAAGAUUUCCUUAAAGCCCCUUUCUUUCCUACUUGAAACGAAUAAAGGAGAAUAUUUCUUUAUAUUUAGUGGUGCUGUUUCAC